UGUGUGUUUCAGUUGACUAAUUACAUAAUAGGAGUUUCAGGACCAAAUCCAUGGAGUCUCCGGCUUUUUAUCUUUUUCUAUUAAUCUUCUCCAGUUCACCAUUUUGACGGGAGCAGAGUAGACUCAUGGAGUCGGGUGUCGCCAGUUGGUCCAGCUCUCCUCGCCUCACCGCCGGCAGCAGCUGCGUCAGCGUCAACAAUGGUGGAAUUCGACCGAAGGAGAGCACGAAAUCCAUGGAUGCCGAUGGCUGCCGGACUACCUUCGUCGAGGCUGACACUGAUUCCUUCAGGCAGGUCGUCCAGAUGCUCACCGGCCACGGCACCACGACGGUGGAGGGGAGCAAGGCCCUGCUAGGCCCCAAGAAGACGUAUUUCAAACUCAACGAGCGCCGUAGGAGCCUCAAGAACCUCAAAAUGAUCCGACCGCCGUCGCACUCGAAGAAGCCGUCGUCGCCGGCGAUCCUGUCGCCGAGUGUGCUGGACUUCCCUUCGAUGGCUCUGAUAAGCCCCAUCACGCCGCUGACAUUGGACCCCUUUCAGCGGACGACGGCCGAGGAGGAGGAGGAGGAGUGGGGCAUCCCGGAGAAGGGAUUCUACCUGCACUCGUCGCCGAGGAGCGCCGCGGAAUCACCAAGGCUGCUUCCGCUGUUCCCUGUCACCUCUCCGAGGACGUCGUCCGCCGGUGGUUCUUCGUGAUGCUUUGGUUGCUUCGGUGUAAAACGAGCAGAAUUUUGGAUUUAAUUGUUAGUUGUGAUGUAUCGUAUCCUAUCGUAUCGGAACAAUAAAUCAAUCGUAUUAAUUGAAUAAUUGAAGAAAACAUUUAUAUUCUUAUUCAAAACAAGAGGAAUAUACUGAUACUUUAGUUUAAAUGGUAUUUUACCAAAUAGUGUAUUUAAAAUUACGAUAUAUUUAUUUGGUAGAUUUUGA